UUGAACUCAAAGCACAUAAAACAAGAACAAAAUUUCAAAUUAGGGCACCUCAAAGAAUGGAUAAAAAAAUUACAGAAAGGCACUUGAUUUUUGCAUUGUUGUGGUGCGCGGUGGCAGCAACGGUGGUGCGCGGACAAAGUGCGCGCAACGUAACGGCAACCUACCAUAUGUACCACCCUCAUCUUAUUGGUUGGGACUUGCCUGCUGCAAAGGGCUACUGCUCUACUUGGUACGCCAACAUGCCCCUCACAUGGCGCAGUAAAUACGGCUGGGCCGCCUUCUGCGGACCUGUUGGCGCUCAUGGCAAACCUUCUUGUGGCAAAUGUCUUUGUGUAACAAACACUGCAACAGGAGAUACAAAAACAGUGAGAAUAGUGGAUAAGUGCGGCCAUGGAGGCAUCAACUUGGACGUGAAUGUGUUUAGAGAGAUCGACACCGAUGGGGUUGGAUACAAGAAAGGUCACCUUAACGUUGACUACCACUUUGUCGAUUGUCGCGAUCACUACUAUUAAGGACAACCUUUUCCCGGAGAAAUUAUUAUACGGCCAUAAAACAUUUAAACAGAUUGUGUUCUAUAACCGUGAUGAGGUAUAAUAUAAGUGGUGGGUAAUGCUAGGGAGACAAAAAAAAAAUAUCCAAAACUUACCUUAUUUGACAUUCAUUAAUGAAUG